AAACAAGCCGAACACCGAACACCGAACAGCUAGUAAGCGCGGGAGCAUGUUUUUGCGAUUUUUGUCUCAUAACCUCUUUUUAUUGUUUACAAUUUGAAUUUGAAUUUAUUUACAAUUUUCGAAAGAGAUUUAAAUGAUUUUCGUUUGCACUUUGCAGCUACUUUUUCCUUUCUAAUUUUUAGUGUAAGUAAAAUACUACUGAGUACUGGAGAAAAUACUUAAUACUUAUCUGACAGAGUGAAAAUAAUGUUCCAACUGCCACUAGCAACGAGCUCCACGAUCAUACCCCAAACUAAAUUUUGGGAAGCUGUGAUUCUCUACCACAACAGGCCACAUCUAAUCAAUCGAAAAAUCCUCGCUGUUUCACAAGCUUUAUUUUAUGAAAUACAUUUCAAUUCAGAAAAUAGCGUAACAUUACAAGAUUUAAUCAACAGAGCUUCAAUCUUGUAUGAAUUACGAAAACUAGAUGAAAUUUCACCUGAAAAUCUCCGUGAAGGAUUUUUGAGAAGGCUGUUAGAAUCUUAUGAUAAAAAUGUUAAAUUGGAAGAAGUAAAAUUGGAAGAUAUUAAAUUUUCCUGUACAGGCAUUUUUGUAUCGGCAAGAGUAUUAUUUCCUAGAUUGAAGCAAUGUCCCAAAGCAAUUGAACUAAUAAUAAUAGAUAAAGAGCAUAACAAAAUCAGAUUUCUAGUAGUCUCAGAUUCAAUUAAGAAAAUACAUUAUGUUGGACCACCAUUUCCUUAUGAAAUUGAGCUAACUAAUACUCAAAACUUGAGAAUUAAUGUGGACUCAAUUGAAAAUGCUGAUACCAGUCAUGCUGAAUGGUUGGUUGAUAAAUUAUUUGAGAAAUUGAUUAAAUGGACUCAGCAAACUGAUGACGAUAGUAAGCAAAUUAUACAAUCACUUUCCUUAGUUAAAACAGACGAAUAUUGCCUGACUUAUAACAGAAUAAAGGAAACCUAUGGAGAAAAACUUGUAAAUGUCUGGCCUACGAAAUCAGGAACUGAUCCGCAAAAGUUUGUUUUCGAAGACAUAGCUAUUGCAAGCUAUUUAAUUUGCUUAUGGAAAAACGAUACGGAAAUAAAGUUUGUGGAUUGUGGUUGUGGAAAUGGUUUACUAGUAUAUUUAUUGAACCAAGAGGGUUAUAAAGGGUAUGGUUUGGAUGUCAGAAGAAGGGCCAUAUGGGAUAUUUUUCCUGAAACUACAACGAAACUAAAGAUUGAAACUGUAGGUCCCGAUUCAAUUUUUCCAGACUGCACGUGGAUAAUAGGUAAUCACUCUGACGAACUGACUCCCUGGAUACCCGUAAUGGCAUUGAAAAGCAGUCCGAAAACAAACUACUUUGUUUUGCCUUGCUGUACUUAUGAUUUCAAUGGACACAAGUUCAUUCGCAGAAAUAACUCAAUCAGUGCUUAUGCAGAUUAUAUGUCUUACAUCGAAGAUAUUUCUAAUAAAUGUGGCUUUGAUACUGCAAUUGAUAAAUUAAGAAUUCCUUCAACUAAACGCACUUGCCUUGUGGGCAGGCAAAAAAGCAUAGAUGAUGAAAAAAGACAAAGAAUACUGACAGAUAUCGGAAAAUUAGUUGAGGCAAAAACGGAAAAUAGUUUUGUGCAAAGAUCCGACAUAGAAAAAGUAAGAAAUUGCACUCAACUUGACAAAAAUUUAAUCUCAAACAUAGUAAAAAUGUGUAUAAAUGAAUUAUUGACAAUAGAAAACUACAUCGAGAAAUCUGAUGGAGAAUUAUGGAAUCAGGGAGGGCAACUGACGAUUUUGGAUUUAGUAAAAGUAAUUUCGAAAGACCAAUUGAAGCAGCUCAAGCAAGAAUGUGGCGGUUUGCAAACUUUAUUAAGGAAUCACAGAUAUUUGUUUGAUUUGUCUGCUGGUUUUGUAAAAAUUAGAUUGCCAGUUAGUGCCGAAAAUACAUUGAAAUAUAAAAAUAAACCUUGUUGGUUUAUCAAAAAUCAUCCUCAUGGUUGUUUAUACGAUGGAAAUAAUUGUGGAUAUACUCAUGAAUAAGAUUGAGACAGUUUAU